AUGAAAUCGCCAAAAUCGAAUGGAUCAUCAAAUAAUAAAUUUACAAUCAGUGAAUUUGGGUAUUACAAAUAAUGUUCUCGGUUUCUUCCUUUGGAAAGAGCUAACGAAUUCUCAACUCAGGAUGCCGUCAUUUAUGAUAGAUUGAGAUAGGCAGGAAUGAAAAGAAAUAAAGCUUUAAAAUUUUGUAAAGGUUAACAUUGUAAAAUUGAUUCUACUUAAACAAAACAUGGACCACCUGGUUUCAAGAUCUUCAACACCAAAAUAGACAAAUUAAAAUAAUUGAAUGGAUGGCAGAUGGUAGGAAGAUUGAAUUAUGAAUAAUCUAUGCGAGAAGAAUAUAGCGAUGAUUCUGAAUGGUAAAUAUAAGAUUAAAAUAAAGAAGAGCAAGAGAAAAUGGAAUAAUUAAAAUAAUUUUAUACUGAUUUAGAUCUAAAGUAUUCAUUUAAUGAAAUGGACUAAUAAGAAACAUUAACCAAAUUACGCUCGCUUUCAACAGAACAACAAUAUAGAAGCCGCGUUCCAUAAUAUUAAUUGAAAGAUGGCAAAAAUAAAAUGAUGUAUUAUGAAAUGGCAGAAUAUAUUUUACAAUUGAAAAAGCCACCCAACACACUUAUUUAAGAAUUGAAUGUUUUUGAUGACACUAUCCCCUUGGUUCGAUAGGAAUAUUUUGAUAUUAAGCCAAAAUACAUUGAGAAGGCCACUCCCUUUUAUCCUAAAUAAAAUUGUGAAAAGAGAUCUAAAUUAUUGAAAGAAUUAACAAGAGCAUAUACUGGUAAUAUUACAAUCACAGAACCUGCUGAGGAGAUUAAAAAAGUAUUUUGA